UCACGCGCGAGACCUGACCUGCCAGUUGCUUACGAAUACGCGUCGCGAUCGGUUUAACUUUCGGUGGAGCUCCGUCCCAUAGCAGUAGGUAGGUAGAUAAAGUCCCCAACGAAACAAACUUUGAUUCUGUUUGGACUUAUCGCGCUGGUGCUGGGUAAACAUUUUUCAUACACGAAUUUCCGGGUUAACGAAUUGUGAAUCGGUCAAGUGCAAUGGCUUGUAAGAUGGACAUCACAUUCGAGAACGGGACAAAGAUGCCAGCCCUCGGAUUCGGCACAUGGCGGGCAUCAGAUGAAGAGGUAGAGAAAGCGCUCAAUGAAGCCCUGGAAGCCGGUUAUCGUCACAUCGAUACUGCACCGGUAUAUCUUAAUGAGAAAACCAUCGGCAAGGUGCUGAAAGAGUGGAUGGAUGCCGGAAAGGUGACCCGAGAUGAGCUGUUCAUUGUGACUAAAUUGCCACCUCACGGAACACGAGCCAGCACGGUAGAAAAAUUCCUUCGGAAGUCGUUGGACGAUCUACAGUUGGAGUACGUGGAUUUGUAUCACGUUCACGUGCCGUUCACCGUGCCGGAGGUUGACGGUCCAUUCCUGGUGGAAGAUGGACUGAUCGUACUGGAAACGACAACGGAUCAUGUCGCACUGUGGAAGGCCAUGGAGGAAGUGUACGAAGCCGGUCUCGCACGCAACAUAGGCCUAUCGAAUUUCAACCAACGGCAGAUACAAAGGAUCCUCGAUAAUUGCCAAAUCAAACCGGCUAAUCUGCAGAUCGAGAACCACAUCUAUCUGCAGCAACCGGAACUGGUAAAGUUUUGCAAGGCCAACGGCAUUACCGUUACCGCGUACUCCCCGCUCGGAUCCAAGGGCAUCGAAAAGCUGCUUGGACGCGAAGUCCCAGACCUGCUGGAUAACCCGGUGGUGAAGGAAAUUGCCGAAAAGCUGGGCAAAUCGCCCGCCCAGGUAUUGCUGCGCCACCUGUUGCAGCGUGGGAUUUCAACGAUCCCGAAGAGCACCAACCCCAAGCGCCUGCGGGACAACAUCGAUCUGUUCGGCUUCGAAAUCGACGAAUCCGACAUGGUACGGCUGAACCAGCUGGAUCAGAACAUUCGCAUUUGCGAUUUCGGAUUCUUCCCCGGCAUUACCAAACAUCCGGAGUUCCCUUUCUAAGCGAGAGGAUAAAUUUAAAUAUUUUAACAAAAAAUAAAUGAAAUUUCUCAUUACUUUCUACAAAGUAAACAAACAGAUAACAUAUUAAUCAAAUAUUUUAAUGACCUAGUAGCUUUCAUCGCAAGCCUAUCGGAUGGCUAUCAUUUACAUUUCAAAAAUAAUGGUUUUAGUAUUAGAAGUACAACAAUAUAGUUUGAUCACAGACAAACAGACGUAACACUCUUCGAAACGGCUUGACACAUGCAUUUAACGAUCAAUUCAAAUUUCAUUUGAUUUGCGCGAUCGUUGCACCAGAGGCGCUAGUGUUCGAUCGCUUUGACGUUUGCCAGUGUACACGUUGCUGAAUGAUGCAAACGAUAAUUACAGGCAAUUUGUGUAGUAGUGUGCGUGUCAGCAAAACGUCAAAUCGAAAUCCAUCAUGGCCGACAGUGUCGCGCGCGGUUCUACCAACAGGUGGCAGUGUGCUCAUGAAAAUGACACCGGACAAAAGUUUUAGAUUAAUUUCCUCUAAGAGUUACGUCUGUUUGUCUGUGGUUUGAUAGUUGCGCACUCUUGA